UUUAAUUAUUUUUUCUGAACUUUAGUAAUUCCUACGUGGCACCGAGGUUUGCGGAGAAGUAUAUAUAUAAAUAAAUAAAUGAUAAUCAUCUGCCGGUCCCCUCAGCUCGGAAAAAUUUGAAAAUAUUAAACCCCGGGUAGUCUUCUGCAAAAACCAUGGAUCCGCCUCCUCUGAAGCUUUUGAUGGUACAAGGCCCUCGCGAGGGGGAGACGCUUGAAUUCGGGGCCGGAUCUACGGUCCGCGUAGGGCGGGUUGUCCGUGGAAACAACGUGACUAUCAAAGACGCCGCCAUUUCCUCCAAGCACGUCUUCAUCGGAUCCGAGUCGGGUCAGUGGGUCAUCCGCGACCUAGACACCUCGAACGGUACCUUCCUAAACUCCUCCAAGCUAACCCCACAGACUUCCUACCCUAUCAGCCAUGGCGACACCAUCAAGCUCGGCGAGUACACAUCCAUCCUCGUCAAAAUCGACGAUCUAGAUUCUGUGAAACCGCCCAUGAUCACCGGACCGGAGGGAAACAUGAGAAGUAGCAAUGUUGAAGGAUUAAUUGAAGAUAAAUCGCAGAACACUUCUCAGAUUGUGGAGAAUCGGCGACGGGGGAGGCCCAGGAAAGUUGGGACUUUGAAGAAUGAAAUCAAGAGCCUGAGUAUUCCGGAGACUGUAGGCCCUACGGGGGGGGAGCAAAAUUCGAAGCCAGAAAUGCAGCAAAUGAGUGUGAGGGUUACCCGAGGUCAGAGGAAGAAUUUGAGUGUGGAUUGUACAGCAAUGGAGAUUGAGGGUAACAAGAUCAGACGGGGAGCAAGAAGGGGGAGGCCCCCACGUCGGGAGCCGGUGGAGAUUAUCCAAAUUGAUGAUAACGUAGACCAUAUGGAAAAUGUGAAGGAGUUAAACCUUGAAGAAAGAGAUUGUGAAGAGGACAAGAGAAAAAAAGAUAGUGAUCAGGAACCACCACCAGAGAGUGCUAGUGUGGAUGCUAUAAAGGAGAAUGUUAAGGGAUUAACCAUGCAAGAAGAUAAUUGUAAAGAGGAUAUAAAUCAAAGCGAACAUGGUGUUCCGGAGAGCAGUAAUAAGGAGGAAACACUGGAUUUGGAGAAAAUGACUCUAGGGCAAUGGUUUGACUACAUGGAGGUUCAUUUACAAAAACAGAUUAUUGAAGAGACUGAGGUGUUGAUUGAGGGUAUGAGGAAGAAAGCUGAGCAAGUUCACGCAUAUAUGAUGCAGCAGAAGAAGACAAAGGCAAAGGAGAAGGAGAAGGAGAAGGAGAAAUAGAAGGAAGUGGUUCUUGUCAAUGUUAGAUAGAUGGACCGACAGUUUGAUGUAUUUGAAUGAAGACUUCAUUUUCGUAUUCAUGGCGUUCUUGAUAUUCCUGUCGUGUGAUGAGGCAGUUAUUGGGGAGUUUGACAUUGAUCAGAUUGGUGUUGAAGCACCAUAAAUGCAUAAUGUAGAGUAAUGGUCUUGUGCAAUGGCAGAGGCAAUGCUUGGACAUGAUAGCAUAUAGGAGGACUAGAUUCUUUUCUUUAACAUGUCUCUCCAUGUAGAAAUAUGGUGGACCAAAGUUUUGAGCUCAUGCAACUAUGAAAAUCACACAUAAUGGGGGUGAAGAGAUAGGAUUUAUGUUAUGGUUCACUGGUGGAAGACUACUUGAUAGGGUUUGUCCUACACUGUAGAGGCUGGGGAUCAGUCUACCUUAACUCAUCAAGACCCCAAUUUUUGGGCACUUCAACUACGAAUUUAAAUGACCUUUUGAUUCAGGGGACUAGAUGGAGCUCUUGGUUGGUUGAAUUUGUUCUCUUGAUUCUGCCCUCUUAUAUAUGGAGAUGCCUGUCUUUUCUUCAGAGAAUGUAGUGUGCAGAACUUGCUCUCUCCCCUCUUUUUUAAAGCUUGUCUUCAUGGUGCUUAGCUACUGUUCCUCGAUUGUGCCUAUUGAAUGGUACUUGAGCUUUGUAGCUAUCCUUUCUAAACAAGUAUCAGAGAUCCUUCUUGAGUGGAAACUCGAUCAGGACCUGGAGUAAUGAACAGAGGAUAUUCAUGAUAAAGUCAAUUGCAGCACAUCUUUAUGGAAGUUUGGAUGAUGUAAUGAAAAUAACUGGUGUAAUAGAAGCCGGUUUCUUGCCCACGAAUAAAGUCUGGACGACGAACAAGUUGAGGGGUACCCAAUUGGAAUAUUUGCUUUCUAAACAACGAAUAUGUUUUUGGUUCCUUUGGUUAGCUUGGUAACCUUAAGUAUGAUGGCAUGCUUCUGGAGAGUAUCAGGGAUUCAGGUUGAUGGUUUUUAAGGGCGCAAAGGAGAUGUUUCUGGAAGUUAUUCUCUCACUUCACAUCUUG